AUGCCUCUCGUCGAAAUCCUAACAACCUCCAAAUCCCACACAACGCCGGGAUGGGCCUACGUCCCCGACACCUCCUUCCGCAGCUCCCAAACCACCAAAGCCAGCGCCGGCGGGCGCAAGCGCGGCAUUCGCGAGCCUGCUGGCCGCACCACGAAUCUCACAUCGCGCCAGAACCAGGCCAUAAUCCGACACUUGGCUGAACUGGACCGUGAGAACCAUCGCGAGAAUUUACAUAUUGCUGUUCCAGCUCGGAAAGAUAGCCACCAGAGAGUAGAUCAUGGGCGGCCCACAAAAUCCAAAAUGACGAGUAAUGUUCGACGUAUAUUGCAGAGUCAGAAGACGUUUAAGAAUCAUUUGGAUGAUGAGGAGGCGGCGCUGGCGCACCAGGCUUCGAUCGGGGUUAUGGGGAGGCAGGCUGGAGUUGGUGCCAGUGGAGCCAGUACUCCUGCUCCUGCUGCUGCUGUGGCGGGCACGCCGGUGUCCAAGGUUGCCAAAGCUUCUUCUGGUCGACGAAGUGUGACGCCCAUCACUGCAAAGCCAGCAGCAGCACCUCCUGUGGAACCCCCAGUGUCUAGUCGGCAGAAACGUGCCAGAACGCGGAAAUCGCUUUUGACCGUGACACCCGCGGAAUCGACACCAACUACAGAAAAGGGACAAGAAGAAGCCACAGAAGAAGCUGCUCCAAAGACAAAAGAAGAAGAAAAAGAAGAAAACCCAUCAACAGAGACAACCGCCGGUGGCGGCGGCGACGACGCAAUGGAAAUCGACACACCGGUCAUCAAAGGCCUCAUAAAAACCACCUACGACAACGACCCGCUGCUCAAAUCCCAUCUCCCACGGCCGCCCACAGAUCGAGUGAUGGCCGCUCUCCUCGCUGAACCGCCACUGACAUACAACUCUGCGCGCGCACGGCCCUCGGCGUCUGGGAAACCAGCUCGAUAUUUCUGUACGAUAUGCGGGUACUGGGGCAAGAUCAAGUGCAAGAAUUGUGGCGUGCGGAUGUGCGGGCUGGAUUGUUACAAGGUGCAUGAGGACUCGAGGUGUGGUGCGUUUUUUUGA